AAAUAAGUAUACGGAAUAAUAUCGCGAUUAACUGCGAUUACUAUAUUAAUAUUAAUACCACGUAUAAUUGUUUUAGACGCGGAUUCUAUUGUAUAUAUUUAAUUGUUUUGAGAUGCACGCUUACUAAAUUAAUAUUUAUAAAUAGCUAACAAGGGUAAAAUUCUAUUAGUUGCGCAUUUUAAGUUUUUAUUAACACAAAAAAUUAGAAGUGUUAUUCAUUCACUUGUCCUCGGCAAGAAAGAAUAUAUCUAAAAUGCAUUUAUAUAAAAUUAUUUGCCUAAUUUGUUUCAUACUUGGCUGUGCUUCAGCUUUAAAAGAUCCGAGCUGUGCUAUUGAGUUGUUUGGCCAAGGUGCUUGCAACACAUUGAUUACUCGAAUCGGCUAUUUACCCUGGGAAAACAUGUGUACUUCAAAGAACUUUGUUGCAUGCGACACCGAUGGAACUUCCUUUGAGAGCAUUAAGGAAUGCGAAGAUAAAUGCAAAGAGUAGUCUUAUGGCUGUAAAGUAAAAAACAAUAUUAAAUAUUUUGAAAAGUCUGGCUUGUUUGCUCACCGAUUUAAAUUUUAA